GGCGCCUGUUGUUACAAUUGGGUCUGGAUUUGCACCUUUAAGGAGGGGGGACGAGGAGGAAGAGGAGGGCGAGGAAGGCGAGUACAGCAAGCGACAGUUGCAGGGACUGUAGCUUCGGCGGCAGCUCCAGAGAAGACGCCGCUACGGUUUCGAUAGAGCGUCUGGGCACGGGAUGGAGUGAAGCAGCGAGUGCUCUCCAAGGGGGGGUGGGAGGGGGUCAGGCGGUGCAGCGGAGAAAGAGAGAGAGAGAAAGAAGCCGCGACUGGCGCCUGCGAAUUUGGGAUUCGAUUGGGAGGCACCUCUUACUCGGGGGAAAUGGAUUCUGUACCACGGCUGACCAGCGUUUUCACUUUGCUGUUCUCCGGUUUGUGGCAUUUAGGAUUAACAGCGACAAAUUACAACUGUGAUGACCCGUUAGCAUCCCUGCUCUCUCCAAUGGCUUUUUCCAGUUCCUCAGACCUCACUGGUACUCACAGCCCCGCUCAACUCAACCGAAAAGUUGGAACUGGCGGUUGGUCCCCAGCAGAUUCCAAUGCUCAACAGUGGCUCCAGAUGGACCUGGGAAACAGAGUGGAGAUUACAGCAGUGGCCACGCAGGGAAGAUACGGGAGCUCUGACUGGGUGACGAGUUACAGCCUGAUGUUCAGUGACACAGGACGCAACUGGAAACAGUACAAGCAAGAAGACAGCAUCUGGACCUUUGCAGGAAACAUGAAUGCUGACAGCGUGAUGCACCACAAGCUGCUGCACUCAGUGAGAGCCCGGUUUGUUCGCUUUGUGCCCCUGGAAUGGAAUCCAAGUGGGAAGAUUGGCAUGAGAGUUGAAGUCUACGGAUGCUCCUAUAAAUCAGAUGUCGCUGACUUUGAUGGCCGAAGCUCCCUUCUGUACAGGUUCAAUCAGAAGCUGAUGAGCACUCUCAAAGAUGUGAUCUCUCUGAAGUUCAAGAGCAUGCAAGGAGAUGGAGUCCUGUUCCAUGGAGAAGGUCAACGUGGAGACCACAUCACCCUGGAGCUCCAAGAGGGAAGGCUUGCCCUGCAUCUCAACUUGGAUGACAGCAAACCUCGGCUCAGCAGCAGCCCACCCUCAGCCACCCUGGGCAGCCUCCUGGACGACCAGCACUGGCACUCAGUCCUCAUCGAGCGGGUCGGCAAGCAGGUGAACUUCACUGUGGACAAACACACACAGCACUUCCGGACCAAGGGCGAAGCGGAUGCCUUAGACAUCGACUAUGAGCUUAGUUUCGGAGGAAUUCCAGUACCAGGCAAACCUGGGACCUUUUUAAAGAAAAACUUCCAUGGAUGUAUUGAAAACCUUUACUACAAUGGAGUAAACAUAAUUGAUCUGGCUAAAAGACGAAAACAUCAGAUCUACACCGUGGGCAAUGUCACUUUUUCCUGCUCCGAACCACAAAUUGUUCCCAUCACAUUUGUCAACUCCAGCAGCAGUUAUUUGCUGCUGCCCGGCACCCCCCAAAUUGAUGGACUCUCAGUGAGUUUCCAGUUUCGAACAUGGAACAAGGAUGGUCUGCUUCUGUCCACAGAGCUGUCUGAGGGCUCGGGGACCCUGCUGCUAAGCCUGGAGUGUGGAACCCUGAGAUUGGUGAUUCAGAAAGCGACAGAACGCGCAGCUGAAAUCCUCACAGGCAGCAACUUGAAUGAUGGCUUGUGGCAUUCAGUUAGCAUCACCGCCAGAAGGAACCGCAUCACUCUCACUCUGGAUACCGAUGCAGCGUUCCCGGCUCAGGACACUACUAGGGUGCAGAUUUAUUCUGGAAAUAGCUACUACUUUGGAGGGUGCCCCGACAAUCUCACCGAUUCCCAAUGUUUAAAUCCCAUUAAGGCUUUCCAAGGCUGCAUGAGGCUCAUCUUUAUUGAUAACCAGCCCAAGGACCUCAUUUCAGUUCAGCAAGGUUCCCUGGGGAAUUUUAGUGAUUUACACAUUGAUCUGUGUAGCAUCAAAGACAGGUGUUUGCCAAACUACUGUGAACAUGGAGGAAGCUGCUCCCAGUCCUGGACUACCUUCUACUGUAACUGCAGUGACACAGGUUACAUUGGCGCCACUUGCCAUAACUCCCUCUAUGAGCAAUCCUGCGAAGUGUACAGGCACCAAGGGAACACGGCUGGUUUCUUCUACAUCGACUCGGAUGGCAGCGGGCCAUUGGCACCUCUCCAAGUGUACUGCAAUAUCACAGAGGACAAGGUCUGGACAUCAGUGCAGCACAACAACACAGAGCUGACCCGUGUGCGGGGCACCGACCCUGAGAAGCCCUACACCAUGACCUUGGACUAUGGUAGCAGGCUGGAGCAGCUGGAGGCUGUGAUCGAUGGCUCAGAGCACUGUGAGCAGGAGGUGGCCUACCACUGCAGGAGGUCCCGCCUGCUCAACACGCCAGAUGGAACACCGUUUACCUGGUGGAUUGGGCGGUCCAAUGAAAGGCACCUUUACUGGGGAGGUGCUCCUCCUGGAGUUCAGCAGUGUGAUUGUGGCCUGGACGAGAGUUGCCUGGAUGUUCGACACUUUUGUAACUGUGAUGCUGACAGGGAUGAAUGGACAAAUGAUACUGGCUUUCUUUCCUUCAAAGACCACUUGCCUGUCACUCAGAUAGUUAUCACUGAUACCAACAGAUCAAACUCAGAAGCUGCCUGGAGAAUUGGUCCCUUGCGUUGCUAUGGUGACCGACACUUCUGGAAUGCGGUCUCAUUUUAUACAGAAGCCUCUUACCUCCACUUUCCUACCUUCCAUGCGGAAUUCAGUGCUGAUAUUUCCUUCUUUUUUAAAACCACGGCUUUAUCUGGAGUUUUCCUGGAAAACCUUGGCAUUAAAGACUUCAUCCGACUUGAAAUAAGCUCUCCUUCUGAGAUCACUUUUGCCAUUGAUGUUGGGAAUGGCCCUGUAGAGCUUGUAGUCCAGUCUCCGUCUCUUCUGAAUGACAACCAAUGGCAUUACGUCCGGGCUGAGAGGAACCUGAAGGAGACCUCACUGCAGGUGGACAGCCUCCCAAGGAUGACGAGGGAGACUUCGGAGGAGGGACAUUUCCGAUUGCAGCUGAAUAGCCAGUUGUUUGUAGGAGGAACAUCAUCAAGACAGAAGGGCUUCCUAGGAUGCAUACGCUCUUUACACUUGAAUGGGCAGAAAUUGGACCUGGAGGAGAGGGCAAAGGUCACGUCUGGAGUCCGGCCAGGAUGCCCAGGCCAUUGCAGCAGUUACGGCAGCAUCUGCCACAAUGGGGGCCAGUGUGUGGAGAAGCACAGUGGAUACUUCUGCGAUUGCACCAACUCACCAUACGAAGGGCCCUUUUGCAAAAAAGAGGUUUCUGCUGUUUUUGAGGCUGGCACUUCGGUUACUUACCUGUUUCAAGAACCAUACCCCGUGACCAAGAAUACAAGCCUGUCAUCCUCAGCAAUUUACGCAGAUUCAGCUCCAUCCAAGGAAACCAUUGCAUUUAGCUUUGUGACAGCCCAGGCACCCAGCCUCUUGCUCUAUAUUAAUUCUUCUUCUCAGGACUUCCUGGCUGUCCUGCUCUGCAAGAAUGGAAGCUUACAAGUUCGUUAUCAGCUGAGCAAGGAAGAAAUCCAUGUAUUUACGAUUGAUGUAGAGAACUUUGCCAACAGAAGGCUGCACCGCUUGAAGAUUAGCCGAGAGGGAAGAGAGCUUACCAUUCAGAUGGAUCAGCAACUCCAACUCAGUUACAACUUCUCCCCAGAAGUCGAGUUCAGGGCGAUAAGGUCACUCACCUUGGGCAAAGUCACAGAGAAUCUUGGAUUGGAUUCUGAAGUUGCUAAAGCAAAUACCCUGGGUUUUAUUGGAUGCUUGUCUUCAGUCCAGUACAACCACAUAGCACCACUGAAGGCAGCCCUGCGUCAUGCCACCAUUGCACCUGUGACUAUCCAAGGGACCUUGACAGAAUCCAGCUGUGGCUCCAUGAUGGAUGUGGACAUGAAUGCAGUGACCACGGUGCAUACUUCAUCAGAUCCCUUUGGGAAGACAGAUGAGCGGGAACCACUCACCAAUGCAGUUCGAAGUGACUCAGCCAUCAUUGGAGGAGUAAUAGCGGUGGUGAUAUUCAUCAUCUUCUCUGUCAUCGGCAUCAUGACCCGGUUCCUUUACCACCAUAAGCAGUCACAUCGUACUAAUCAGAUGAAGGAGAAGGAAUAUCCAGAAAAUUUGGAUAGUUCCUUUAGAAAUGACAUUGACUUGCAAAACACAGUGAGCGAGUGUAAACGGGAAUAUUUCAUCUAAAAAACUGCAGGGUCACCUACUAUACUUUUUAUGUUGUUGUUAAAUUUUUUGUCCUUCUCCUGUAUUUUAAUUUUGGUCAUUCUCUUUCUCUUAUUUAUUUGCCAUUUAUUUUUGGAACACACUUGCAUCCGCCACAGCAUCUAUUCCCUUGACCCAGACCAGAAGACCAGGCAGCUAUGGCCACUGCCUUCCUCUUUGACAAAUCUAUUGUGGUGAUAAUGAUCACUCAAGAGACUGACAAGGAAGAAACCCAUGUGUGCACAUGUGCAUAUUCAAUUCUGUGUUUCCAGUUUCUAAGACGCACUCUUCAGUUCUGCAGCCCUUUAGUCUUGCAGGCUUACUUUGAACCUGAGCUCUGUGACUUAGGCAUAUAACGGUCAGCUCUGAUAUCCUCCCUCAUCUCAAGUCCAUUCCUACAAGGGAACUCGGGGUAGAGAACAAAGAUACUAGAGGCAUGGUUUGCUAUAGCACUUUAAAAGGAACAAGAGAGGUUUGUUUUGUGUGAAUUUUCCUUCCAUAGGAAGUCCAUUGGCCUAACUCAUCACCCUUUUUCACUAUGACUCUUAUCCCCUGAGUAUUUUAAAAUAUAGGAUUCCUGAGAGUAGUGAGCUAUUACUUUGCUCCUUUCUUACCACUCUCUCCUGGGGCUGACAUUUUAGAACAGCACACAAUAGCAUAAACCUAGAGGAAGCAUGGAAAAUAGUAGCUUGAAAUUAGGUGGUGAAAAGAAAGAUGCUAGAAAGUAGAUGUUCUAUAACUUCAAAAAUGCCUCUUUCAAUUUUAUAACAAAUGUUAGCUAGGUUAUUCCUGGGAUUAUUAUACUGAGGUAUAUAUAUAUAAAUAUAUAUAUAUGAGUUGCUGCAGCAUAAAAAAAUUCAAAUAACAGUCUAAUAUAAUACCUGAUUCUGUGAAAGAGCUGAAACCAUCUUAACUCAGCUUUAAAAAAAAAAAAACAAAAAACAAAACUGCAUGAAAGAAGAGAAAUACCAAACAGAAUUCUUCCCUCUGUCCACUCACUAAAGAUCUGGUGAAGAAAGUGAAUGCAGAUUUCACAUUUUAGAACAGACAUAAUGAUCCACCUCUGUCUCCGUGCAUCGAGCUGUUUCUCUAAGAGGUUGAAGAUGUGCUGACAUAUGAGGCAUUGUGAUUAGCUCCAGCGAACCCCCACUGCUUAUUUUCAGAGGAGGCCUUAGGUUCCAUGGCACAACACAUUUUCACAUCUGCUACAUCCUGUGUACAUGAAGACCAACACACACAUGCAUUUUUUUUUGUAGGCAUAAACUCCCAGAUGAGGUCAUGACAAAUUUCAGGGUCUUUGCCCCUUUUGAUAACAAAGCAUCAAAGAAACACAAUCAUUCCAUCAAGAAGUCAUUUUGAGCUCAUCCACGAGGAGGUGAUAAGAAUCCUGAUGAUUUUGCUAUAGCAAUAUGACUCACUCUUUGCCUCUGGGCCAUCUUGGAGAAAAUGAUAAGGAGGAAACCAUGUAAAUGCUCCAGUAUUUUGGGAAUGCCAAUAUAAUGAUUCACAGAUGUGGAAAAUACUUACUGAUUCUCUUUACAGGACAGAUUUGAUUCGGAAAACAAUUACCACAUUGCUGUUCGCCAACCUUGACAGCUAACAGACAUUCCAUCUUGUUUGUAGUGUGCCUAUCGCCUCUGAUUAACACUUUCCUGAAUGCGGAGGCUCACAAUAAGGAACGUGUUACCUUCAUCGUAUUUCAGCUUUUCUUUCAGUGUCAGAGCACACGGGGCAAGGAUUUCAUUUGUAAUCAUAUUUCUCUACUUUAAAAUGUUGUUCUCAAUAUACAUUCUCUCCUUAAAAUUUUCUGUGGAUUCUUAGUUAAUCACUUCAUCAUUUCCAUUAUAUCAUUUUGCUAGUAAAUUUAUUUUAAAGUGAUUCUUACAAGGUGACUUUUUUUUCUUCUUCUCGCUCUAAUAAGAUGAAUGAUCCAUUAAUAAGAGUAAAGAUCUUUAAAUACUAUUUUCUCCUGCCCUGUCCUCCCCUAUCUCCAAUUUUCACUUUUGAGUUUUCUAUUUCCAUAAAAAGGCUGUAUAAAUCCGCCUUUUGCUUGGCUACAUAGACAUUUGUCCCCUGAAAUGAAAGUCACUAUGAAGUGUAGUGGGUUUAGCCUGAAGCAUCUCCAGUAAAGAAAUGGAAAGGAAAAGGAAGGUGUGAGUAAUAAAGCUGGAUCUGCUCAUUAUUCAAGUCUCUGAGAAGCGAGGACUAUUUUUUGCUGACAUAGUGCUGAUGGAAGAAAUGGAGGACUAGCAAAGGCCAACUGAGAGUAUUUGCUUUCCUCAUCUACUUAUAUACGCUUAUAGGUAGUUCUGUAGGGUGAAGAAUUUGUGAAGCUACAUCCUUGCCACAUCUGCACUACAGAAUCUACGAGCAUACCUCCCUACAUAUGUAGACUAUACAUACAUGCACAUUAGGUAUCAUAGACCCAAAGAUGAGUGCUGAGACAGUGCAAUCUGCACGUCAUUCCUAUAAGUAGAGUCUCAGGGCUAAAUCAGAAUUAUUUUUACAGGGUUAGAUUAUUUCAUAACCCCAGAGAACACUCUGACUUUCACUAGAUGUAUAUGAAAAGCAAGCAAGCUGCUCCCUCCAAAGGAAAACACAAUUUUAAGUUAGAAAUAAGUGUUAACUCUGCCUUUCUUUCCUCAGUGGUACCAAAACCCAGGUAGUUUUGUGCAAUUGUUCAAUUACGUGCGUGUUUCAAUCCUUGAACAAUUAUAAUCUAAAACAAAUAGUCUUUGAGAGCAUUCUAUUCCCUCCUUAAUCAUCGUUUUCUGCUUCAGUAAUCAGGUUUUCUGACUGCAUGCUCUGGCCAAUGGGAUCACCAUAAUCCUCCACUUUAACCCGCAGUCUUUGAUAACUGCUGUUUACAAAAAGACUCUAUGGAAUGUGGUCACUUUACAGUAAAACCAAAAAAUUCUGUACAAUUUCACAUUCUAAGGGGGCUGUUUCAUAUCAUUUCCAGCAGAUAAUCUAUUUAUGCAAGCAACAGUAUAUUUGCUUACCCUAAUAUAUACUUAACACCCACUGCAUCAUUCAUUGUGUGAAUAGGUUAGAUUCCCAUGUUUUUUUUGAGAAUUAAUCUAAAGAAUUAGACAUUUGUCACUUCUCUAGAUAUAUUUUUAUAGAUAGCUUAGCCUCUUCUAUUCACUCUCAACUGCAUAUGGGAGAUUCAUUUUAAGGAUCCUAGGGCUGAUUUUUUAAAACAGUUUUUGUUCUCUUUAGUAAUAACAUAAAUGGUACUAAGCUGACCUCCACCUUUUGUCAGACCCAUGCCUAGCACAAGGUAACAGGAGCAGGAUCAGAACAAAUGAAGUAGAUUGUUUUCUUCUUUAUUCAUUCAUGAAGUAUUUAUCGAAAGCCCAGUACUCCAAGGGUUGUGCUGGACAUUGGGUCUACAAAUAUAAAUUACACUUUGUUCUUACCCUUAGGGAGCUCAAAGUCUAGCAAGCAGGGGAUGUAUUGUUUAAUAGGAGUGUGCAUGACAUGCUAUAGAAUACAGAGCAAAGGUCCUUCUCAAUUAUUUUUGUAAGGCCCUUGUUAGAGACAAGAUAAAAUAAGAGAAAAGAAACAGAUAAAUCUCUGGAAACUAUUUUUAAUUUUUGUUUUGUUCAUUACUCCUCCCUUCAAUAGGCUACUUUAUUUCUCCUUAUCAAAGCAAAUAUCUGUCUAUGCAGAUCUAUUCUGUAAAGGGAGAUGAAUUGACUCUUUGGGGACAGCAAGAAUAAAUGUCUCCAUUUCUAAAGUACUUUUUGAAAGGCUGAAUUCUCUCCAUUCUUGCUUCAGUUCUGGUUAGAGGAUUCUGAAAAUCCUCCUUCCCAUCAGUCAAACCUAAGUGACAACUUGGGGACCCUCUUUGGGGCAGGAAACAACAAUCUCCUGCUGUUCCUCCUCUUUUCUCUGUUAUUUGUUUGUCAUCUGCCGUUGACCUAUCGCAUGCCAUUUUUCUUCCGGACAUUCCUUAAGGUCCCUUUUGUACUCCAGCUCCUCCUAAAACCCUCCUGUGUCCUGAUGAAUAAUUUCAACUCAAUUUAGGAAGAUCUCUGAGAACUAGAUGAAGUAUAUUUUGAGUAAAUAAUUGACUAACAGGUGUCAUCCAUCUAAGUGAGGUCUCACCUCUGUGCCCUGUGUGAAUUUUUCCAAUCCUGAGAGUCACACGUCUCUUCUCUGCAGGAAUCUCAUUCAGUUAGCAGCACCUCACCGGGAGGCCACAAGCAGAGCAUCUUCUCCAAGAUAUACAGGGAGAUAGGAAUUAGGCUGUUGAAUUCUUUCUUAUAAAAAGACUUGACAGUUUGUCCACCAACACCCUGGCUUCCUUUGAAUUCCCCCAUGGCUACAAUCCAUCAAAACUAUAUUGUAACACCUUGCCUGCCAAGGGGAAUUUGAAACUCAUUUUCAUUAACCUACAUGCUUGGACAUACUUAGUCUUCAAUUGUCCUGUAGGUCACAAGUAGACCAAAUAAAUAGACUCCCUUGUUCCUGCAAAUGCAAAAGUGGUUAAUGAAAGAAGGUACAGGCAAACUCAAAUCUUUCAGAAUACUUGGAAGAUAACUGAGUGCUAUUUCAUGUCUCUCAUGCAGUUUGAAAAUGCUUUCUUUAAAAGACAUAUAGUGUAAUUGAAUUACUUCCACACCCUGUUCUUGAGUCUGCCGUAACCUCUCCUCCUAGCCCCUCAACCACACUCUUGUUUGUUAAGCCAUCUAGUUUGCAAUUAUGAUUGUCCCUAGUUUUCGUUUCUACUUUCGCAAAUUCCAAAUAGUUGAACCUCCUAAAAGAAAAAGAAAAGAGUAAACACACACAUACACGACCAAUUUGUAAAAACGGGCUGUUAUUCAGGCUUCCUUCAGGACGUUCUUCAUACGUAUAUGUUUAGUAGGGAGAGAUACGUUUCCUUUUGAGUUGACAGUUAUUUGAAACCUUCAUGUAAGGUUUUAAUAUUUAAAUCUUUUGAUAUUUUUCAGUGAUUUUUUUCUUUUAUUUUGCACUAAGGUACUUUGAGGAAGAAUAGAAAGCACAUUCUUUAGUGAAAUAUUGUACUUUGUAAGCUAGUUGUCUGUCUUUUGUAAUGUUGUAGUCUACAAAGUGGCUGAGCAAACAUAAGAAAGGAUUACGGCAAAAGUUGGUUUUGGUGUUUUGACCACGCCUGCUGGGAACAUGUUGGGGAGGAAGAGGGAAUGCAUAGCAACAGCUGGUGGCUGUCCCAGGUCAUUGCGGAGGGUCACUGCUUCCACCAGGAUCAGUGGCAGCAGCGCUUCCCACUUUCCUGGCUCCUAACUCAGGAGUCUCUUUAGUGCAUUUGGAUCACCAUCUUACACAUUAGGGAAAGAGGCAAUAUCAUGGGCUUUGCAUGAGGAAUUCUUUAUUCACCUUUGCAUGACAUUUUUGAGCCUUUACAGCCCUACUCGAA